AUGCGUUCCUCCCACGGCGCAGCUGUUGCUGCUCUGGCAGCGGCAGCCAACGCUGCAUCUCUCGCCGAUGUCUGCACUGUCUCCAAGGUGCGGUCCGCCCUUCCUUCGAACGGAACUCUUCUCGGUAUCAACCUGAUUCCUUCCGCCGUGACUGCGAGCGCGGUCUACAACUCUACCUCUAGCGGCGGCAUGGGUGGCAUGGGUAGCUCCAGCAGUGCCAACUACCCGUACUGCAAUGUGACGGUCGCCUACACUCACACUGGUAAAGGCGACAAGGUGGUUGUCAAGUAUGCCUUCCCCCAGCCUUCCGACUUCAAGAACCGGUUCUACGUUGCCGGCGGUGGUGGCUACUCCCUCUCCUCCGAUGCCACUGGCGGUCUGGAGUACGGUGCGGCGUCUGGUGCCACCGAUGCGGGUUACGAUGCCUUUAGCUACAGCUACGACGAGGUGGUUCUCUACGGCAACGGAUCGAUCAACUGGGACGCCACGUACAUGUUCGCCUACCAGGCCCUGGGUGAGAUGACCACUCUCGGCAAGACAUUGACCAGAAAUUUCUACGGCCUGUCCAGCGAUGCCAAGGUCUACACCUAUUACGAAGGAUGCUCCGACGGUGGACGUGAAGGAAUGAGCCAGGUUCAGCGCUACGGCGAUCUUUACGACGGCGCCAUCACCGGUGCCCCAGAUUUCCGCUACGCCCAGCAGCAGGUCAACCACGUCUUUCCCUCGGUUGUCGAGACGACUCUUGACUACUACCCUCCACCUUGCGAACUGGCCAAGAUCGUCAACGCCACCAUCGAGGCCUGUGACCCUCUCGACGGCCGCACUGAUGGUGUUGUCUCCCGCACCGACCUCUGCAAACUUCACUUUGAUCUUUCGAAGAUCGUCGGUGAGCCGUACUAUUGCGCAGGGGUGACGAGCACCUCGCUCGGCUUCGGCUUCAGCAAGCGCCAAGCCCCGGGCAGCACGACCAGCUACCAGCCUGCGCAGAACGGCACCGUCACCAAGGAGGGUGUGGCUGUCGCCAAGGCCAUCUACGACGGGCUGCACAACACCCAGGGCGAGCGCGCCUACCUCUCCUGGCAGAUUGCCUCGGAAUUCUCCGACGCGACCACCGAGUGGAACAACGACACCGGCUCCUGGGAGCUUAGCAUCCCGUCCACCGGCGGUGAAUUCGUGACCAAGUUCGUCCAGCUCCUGGAUCUCGACAACCUGUCCACCCUGGACAAUGUCACGUACGACACCCUCGUCGAAUGGAUGAACACCGCCAUGUUUCGCUACCUGGACAGCCUGCAGACCAUCGUGCCGGACCUUACCACCUUCAAGUCCUCAGGCGGCAAGCUGCUGCACUACCAUGGUGAAUCCGACCCCAGUAUCCCCGCCGCGUCGUCCGUGCACUACUGGCAGUCUGUGCGCUCGAUCAUGUACCCCGGUGUGUCGGCCUCGAAGAGUCUGGAGGACCUCCAGGAGUGGUACCAGUUUUAUCUUAUCCCCGGUGCGGCGCACUGCGGUACCAACUCCCUGCAGCCCGGUCCUUACCCGGAGAACAACAUGAACAUCAUGAUCGACUGGGUGGAGAAGGGCGUGCGGCCGACCCGGCUGAACACCACGGUGUCCUCUGGCGACUACGCCGGCGAGACCCAGAUGCUCUGCCAGUGGCCUACCCGUCCUCUGUGGAAGAACAGCUCGACCUUUGACUGUGUCAAUGACGAGAAGUCGAUCGAGAGCUGGACCUACACCUUCCCUGCCUUUAAGGUUCCAGUCUACUGA